UUCAUCCUCAGCUCUGUCUGAACAUGUUUGUUCAGUGCUGUCGGUCCUCUAACAGCUAACCAGAAGAACAGGUAACAAACUGCAGGAGGAGCCACAAACUGAAAGUAAGUUCAAUCUAAACACUACUUUUGUCUGUUGACUAAAUUCCUUGACAUGCUUCAUUUCAGCAGUGUGAUUUAUUAACAUUUUGUGCAGUAUUUGUUUUCUAAGAAGUGUUUUUCUUGUGAUCUGUCUGGAGUAACUUUCACUAAAGAUGGUGGAGAGAUUUUUUGCGCCUGCAGCGAUCAGCUUCAGUCCAGAUGAUCCAGAGAUCCGGAUUCUUCUGAUGGGCAGGAAGGGUUCUGGGAAAAGCUCAUCUGGAAACACUAUAGUGGGAGAAAGAAAGUUUACAGUCCAAAAACAGAAAAACAAUCAUAAAGCUCAAGAUGAGUCUAAAGUUUGUGAGGGUCAAACUCAGAUCCGGAAGAAGCAGGUGCAUGUGAUUGAUUGUCCUGAUCUGCUGGAUCCAGAUCUGAAUGAAGAGCAGCUGGAGGAGAUGGAAGAGCAGCUGGUCUCUCGAUGUUCAGCAGGUCUCAGUGCAGUUCUGCUCACCGUUCCUCUAGAGAAACCUCUGCAAAAUGAGGAAGAGAUCCUGGAUUAUAUGAAGUGUUUAUUUGGUCCUGAAGUUCAGAAAUACAUCAUGAUUCUCUUCACACAUGGAGAUGAGCUGGAUGUGCUGGAUCAGACCAUCCAUGAAUAUCUAAAAAAUGAUUUGAUAUUUCUGUUGUAG